GAGCAUCGCCCCUCUCUCUCAUUGCUCUCAUAAAGGGAGGUGGUCCUCCAAUCCCUUGUGUUCCUGCUCUCUCACGCUCCUCAACACAUGCAACAGACCUGCUCACCACACAGGACACAAUGUGGCUCUCUGCGCUAUACAUAUGGGGAUGCCUGUUAGCAUUUGCAGAGUGUGACAGCUGCCCAGAGUCAGAGGAUGCUGCUUCAUGGGUUAAACUGAAGCCCCUGGGGAACUGCGAUGACGAGGAGAAUGUUUGCCCGUAUCAAAUCACGCUCCCUCCUCUAUCCAUCCAGCUGCCCAAACCCUUUAGGGAGCUGGAGAAGAUGGCCAAAGAGCUGCAGAACCUGAAGGAAGUGGUGAACCGGCUGAGAAGGGACUGUCAGGAGUGUAAGGAGAGGCAGCGGGUCGAGAGGGCUGGAACGAGGGACCACGUUGAGGACGAGGGAAGGAGAACUCAAAGUGUAAAGCAGAAUAUCAGUAGCGGAGAGAGACAAAGUCACAAUGGUGAAAAAAUGGUCCGGAUCGUCAUCUCCACACCACCACAAGGAGACAGGGAAGAGAUUAAUCACUCCAGUUUGGAAAGUAAAAGAUGGAGUAAUGACAGGAGGAGUGAUGCCGACCAAAUCACCGUUGAUCAGAGUUCUGAGACGAGCAGAGAGUUUAAAAUAUUUGGUCACUCACUUGAAGAGACACCAGAGGACAUCUACCAGGUAAAACAAGCACUCUCACCUUCAACUGAAGAGACUGACAGACAAAGAAAGAUCCAACUGGGUGAAUUAAUCAAAUCUUCUGUUCCUAGAAGAAAAGAUACUGUCGAAUCUGUAACCCACGGGUCGGAGAUGAGUAGAGAGAUAAAAAUAUUGAAUCCCUCACUUGGAGAGACUCCAGAGGACAUAUCGGAGCUAAAACAGGUGUUUACACCUACAACUGAAGAGAGGGAACGCACGUUUCAGGAAGCUGAAUUAUUAGAAUCCCCUAUUCCAAGAACAAAAGACUUUGUACAAUCUCCAACCCAUAGGAAACAGCAGCCAAACAUGUUUCGGGAGAGAAAUGCAAAGAACAUCAGUGGAAUCUUAGCUGUGAGGAGGAGGGCGCAGAAUAUGACUGAUACGAACAGAUUAGGCAGCACUUCAGGGGAUGCUAACACAAAGACAAUGGAUUUAAGCAUAUCAGCUGGGAACAGACGGAUUGUAAACUUUUCCAGAGCAGGUGGACCACUGAGGCAAAAGACAUACAUCAACAGCAGAACAAAAGCAAGCGAGGAAAACAGACUGAGGAAGCCUGCUGCGGUGAGGAUGCAUUUACAAGGUGGGGAGAGGACGGUCAAGACCGGACCAAACGGAUCAGGUUUUUCUCCAGUGAGGAGUGGAGUUAUGCGGGUAAAGGAAACAACUCCUCAUAUAGAAAACUCAAAUCCGGGUACGAACAGCGGAUUUAUCAUUUCAACCAAUGAUGAAAAGAUAGCAACGAUAAACCCAAAACCAGGCACAAACAUUGGAAUAUUAGCGUCAAAUGAAGAUGAAAAGAUUGCAAUAAGAAACCCAAAUCUUGGCACCAACAGUAUACUAACGCCUUUAACACAUCAAAAGAUAACAAUCAAAAACCCAAAAGAUGGAACAAACAGUGGACUAAACCCAUCGACAUAUGAUGAUAAUAUUGCAAUAGUAAACCCAAAUCCUGGAACUAACAGUAGGUUAACCCCAUCAACAGAUGAAAAGAUUAUGACAAAAGCAAAACCUGGCACUAUCAGCGGACUAAACACAUCAACAGAAAAUGAAAAUAUGGCAAUAAUAAAUCCAAACACUGGCAUCAAAAAUGGAAUCAUCAUAUCAACAGAAGAUGAAAAGUUGAAAACAACAAGCCCAAAACCUGACAUUAACGUUCAAAAACCCAUGACACCAACCAUCAUAAACCCAAAUCUUGUAAGUACCAGUGAACUUAACCCAUCAACUGAAGAUGAACAUAUUGCAAAAGUAAACCCCAAACCUGGACUUAACAGUAGACUCACUUCUUCGACAGGUAAUGGAAAGAUGACGACAAAACCAAAACCUGGCACUAACAGUGGACUAACCACAACAACUGAAGAUGAAAAUAUGGCAAAAAUAAAUCCAAAAACUGGCAUCAAAAUUGAACAAAUAUCAACAGAAGAUGAAAGGAUGACAGUAACAAGCCCACAACCAGUCACAAACAGUAGAACAGAUGAAAAGAUGAUAAUCUUAAACCCAAAAUUUGGAAGUAACAGUGGAUUAAACCCAUCAAAUGAAGAUGAAAAUAUUGCAAUCGUAAACCCAAAACCUGGAACAAACAGUCACUUAACCCCAUCAACAGAUGAAGAGAUGACAAUAAUAAACCCAAAACCUAUCACUUAUAGUCGACUAACCCUAUCAACAGAUGAAAAAAUGACAACAAACACAAAACCUGACACUAACAGUAGAUUAACCACGUCAUUUGAUGAUGAAGAAAUAGCAAUAAUAAAUCCAAACCAUGGCACAAAAAUUGGACAAAUCAUAUCAACAGGAGAUGAAAAACUGACAGCAACGACCUCAAAAUCUGGCACCAGCAUUAGCCAAACCCCAGCAACAAAUGAAAAGAUGACCAUAACAAACCCAAAACUUGGAACUAACAUAAGACUAACCCCUUCAACCACUGAUGGAAAAUUGACAAACCCAAAACCUGGAAUUAACAGCAGAUCAACCCUAUCAACCAAUGAUGAAAAGAUGACAACGACAAAACCUCGCAUAAACAUUGGCCUGACAACAUCAACAGAAGAUGAAAAUAUGGGAAUAAUAAAUCCAAACCCUGGCAACAAAACUGGACAAAUCAGAUCAACCGAAGAUGGAAAGCUGACAGUAAAGAGCUCAAAACCUGGCACCAACUUGAGUCUAACCCCUUCAACAAAAGAAAAGACUUCAAUCACAAACCCCAAACUUGGAACUGACAGUAGACUAUCUUCUUCAACAGAUGAAGGAAAGUCGACAACAACAAACCCAAAACCUAUCACCAACAGUGGACUAACCCCAUCAACAGGUGGAAAAAGGAUAAUGAUAACAAACCCAAAACCUGAAACUAAGAGCAGACUAACCCCCUCAACACAUGUUGAAAAGAUGGCAAACCAAGAAAACACAAGUGCAGAGUCCGAUCUUAGAACAAAAUCUGAAAAUUACCUGAAAGAUGCAAGACAGGUGACUGUGGAUGGAGAGGAAAACCUCAGAAAGCUAAACAAAACUGUGAUUACAAGAGUCCCAACAAAUCUGAGGACGGAAGACCGGGGUGAUGUGAGUCACACACAUGUGAGAACAACAAACAAGUCAAUCUUCAGUGUUAAGAACGGAGUCGAACAGCCAAACUUGAUUAAAGAAGAGAACGAACAUAUGGGACUUAAUGCAAGUCUGGUCACGAGUAGCACGGCAGAAAUCGGCCCCAGUGCAGGCAAAGCAGACUCGACUUUUCCAGGGAGACGAGUGGAUGAAAAAAACUAUCUAACCCCAAUUACAGGAACAAAUACUGAAAGUGACCAAGGGGAUCUAGGGUCGACUGUUUUGGAUGCUUUUAAUGAAAGGGAGACUUAUCCACUCACUUCAGAUGAGACACAGAUGGGCACUUUCAGAGAGGAAGCAAGUGAGAAAAAAACUCCAGGGAGUGUUAAAAAAGACUUGUUGCGCAAUGGCAAAGUACCUCAGCUUGAAUCAGAUCUGUUGAACCCCACCCUUGUCCCAAGUGUAAAGAUUACAUCAGCCGAUCAUAAAGUAAGUACAGCUAGUAAGACUGGCCAGGGAACAAGAAUUUUAAAACCUGGUUCAAUAUCUCCUAGGGAAGAUGUGGGAAACAUUCAGCCCACGAACAGCAAAACAAACAUCAGCAAGAUGCGAGAAGGAAGCAACGUGAGGUUUGUUAAAAAUAUCACACGAGUGAUGCCAAAACUCCCGAUACGGCCAGGUAGACAUCCAACAACUGGGAAUCCAUCUGGAGGACCUAAACUUCACAUGAUCAACAAGAUGCCAGGAAACAGCAGCGUUGUGCUACCUUCUAAUUAUUCCAUCUCAGGCAGAAACGUCAAUUUUGGCAGGAGAAACAGCAGUGUAAUGAUGAAACCAAGUUACGUAAGGAGCAGGCCAAGAUUUCAAACCGAGCCAAACACGAGGAUAAGCUUCAAGACGAACGUAAGCACUGUGACUCAUUUCAUUACCCCCACUGUUGAAAUAUCAACUGAUCGUGAAGAAGAAAUCAAACCUGAAACACAGGCGAUGGGAUUACACGUGUUAGAUAAAAACACCAGUUCCAUGUUGAAUUCUCGAAACGCAGAUGAGGUGCAAGAUCAUGUUGAAGGGCACAGCAUUGAAUCUGUCUCGACCUCAAAGGUUCUGUCUGGGACCCAGGUCUCCUACAACGAGAACUCUUUGUAUACUGGUGCCUCUGAUUCCCUCAGUGGUGGCAAAGAAAGCAAACAAUUUGAUUUGGAAACUACCGGUCAACACCCAUCCACACAACAAAAAGAGUUAUCAGGCGUAAAUGUAAAAAGUCAACCCGCAACCUCUUCUAACCCAAGAGUCUCUUUCACGGUCAUGGACCAUGAAGAGAGUACAAAACACAUUCCUCCAGUGACAAUUAAACAUGAGGACAUGGUUAAAAACAUCAGUCAGGACACCGCCUCGACACCCAUAAGCUUUGAAAAUACCGUAGCAACGAGAGAACUGGAACUGAUCGAACUUAAUGAAGACAAAGUGCCAAAAUACUCUGGGGACAUUUUAUCGAAUCCAAACAGUGUCAGUGAUGUCCGAGGUAAUAACGGAGAGAGGUAUACAAUUCCUGUUGUUUUGGAAAUGGUCGCAAAUGUUGAAGAAAUAAAGGGUUCGAAAGUUUUCUCACUUAGCCCUGAGGACACAGCUGAUGGAUUUAAAACGAUCGCAGUCAGAGAUGAGGUAACGCAGAAAGAGCGAGCAGAAAAUAAGAUCCAAAGCACCUGUGAGGGUGACUGUAUAACCACACCAACCCAACAACCUACAACUCAGGGCAGGCCGGCGUUUGAGUCUGAAAGAGGAAGAGGACUGCCACAGGACUGCGCCGAUUACAUUACGAAAGCACGAAAGAAUGGCGUGUACAGAGUCACGCCACGAUCAAAGAACACCACGUUCUAUGUCCCCUGUGACAUGGAGACCUCCGGAGGGGGCUGGACAUUGAUUCAGCAACGCUUUAACGGCAGCAUUAGUUUUAACCGCACCUGGGACGAAUACAAGAGGGGGUUCGGUAAACUAAUAGGAGAGUUUUGGCUCGGCAAUGACAAGAUCUACUGGCUGACCCAGGCGAGAAACAUGUCACUGCGAAUAGAGCUGGAAGACUUUGAAGGGGUCAGAGAAUAUGCCCAUUAUGACCACUUCCAGGUGGCCAACGAGAGCCAACAAUACCGCUUGUCCAUUGGUGGUUAUUCCGGUACAGCUGGCAACGCCAUGCAGUUUAAUAAGAACUACAAUCACGAUCAGAAGCUCUUCACCACGCCUGACAGAGAUAAUGACCUGUAUCCUUCUGGAAACUGCGGGGCUUAUUACAGCUCCGGCUGGUGGUUUGAUGCCUGCAUGUCCGCCAACUUAAACGGCAUAUAUUAUCACACUAAAUACAAAGGGGUGCGGAACGGGAUAUUUUGGGGCACAUGGCACAAUAUUACAAUGGAAUAUUAUCCAACCAAUGUAAGACAAUCUUUUAAGACUGUCAGAAUGAUGAUCAGACCUCAAAGCUAUGCAGACUAAAAUCUAGCCAUCACUCCUAAAACUUAUUAAGCUUCCUUUUGAGUUUAUAUUAUAAAUAAAUUCAAAAUGAUACAUUUGAUAAAAUAUUAUUUUUAUUUUUAUAAAAGAACUGCAAGGUAGGAUAAAAUACGCUUUUUUUAAGAGUCGUGUCAGGGCUGUACACGUAUGGGUUUGUAUACAGUUUUGUAACCUUGUUUAUUUUAUACUCCAGUUUUAUAGACGCAUUGAAUAAAACAUCCCAUGAUCUUUAUAGAUUCUAAACCUUUUUAUUUUUGUAUACUGUUUAAUCCCUUAUAUACUCCAUAAUGUAUAUACAUUGAAGUAAAUUCAUAGCUACAAAUAAGUUGUUGUAAAUUUGUUGUUUUGUUUUAUUUUACCUGCUGUAAAACUUUGUAACUUUUUCUUAUUUUCAUUAUAUAUCGCUGAAAUUAUUUUACUUUGUGUCAAAGAAAGUACGAUUAAAAGAACAGUAAAUAUAAAAGGAAAGAUUCAUUAUUUACUCACCCUUAUGCCGUUUCAAACUUGUAUGACUUCUUCCAUCUGUGGAACAAAUAAAGGAAAUGACAGGUCGAAUGUAGGUGACUGACCGCAUUGGUCACCAUUCACUUUCAUUGAAUGUAAAUUAAAGAGGGAAGAGCAGAAUAAAAAAAUAAAGAGUUCCAAUAAAGAAACUCAUACAGCUUUGUGACAACAUGAGGGUGAAUAAAUGCAAUUUAAAAAAAAUCCACAAAAUCUGUGGCCCCCGGUUUGAGAACCACUGAAUUGAUGAUAUUUUGUGAACUAUCCAUUAAAAAUACAAAAGAAGAUA